GUUAGUAGCCACUGACAAUAGUGCGCGAAGCGUCUUUUGAUGUGUGGUGGUGCGGGUGGUGCCGAUGGUGAACAUUAUGGGUGAAGUUCGGGCAGUUGUUCCUGAGUUGUCUCAAGAAGAGGCCAGUAUCUACGACCGUCAGAUACGUCUCUGGGGUUUGGAAUCACAGAAACGGUUGCGAGCGGUGAGGGUUCUGGUCGCUGGCUUGAACGGCCUCGGAGCAGAAGUGGCGAAAAACUUGGUUUUGGCGGGCAUCAAGUCCAUAAUGCUCUUGGAUAGCCACAAUGUCACUGCCGAGGAUUUUUCGUCCCAGUUCAUGGUCGAAAGAGGAGACGUUGGCAAGAAUAGGGCACACAGUUCAAAGGCAUACACAAAAAACCUGAACCCCAUGGUUGAAGUGGACUCUGAGGAUGGCAAUCUGCUGAACAAGAACGAUGAUUAUUUUCUAAAGUUUGACAUAGUGUGUUGCACGGAAAGCCUCUCCACAGAAGACCUUGUCAAGGUUAACACCCAGUGUCAUAACCUUGGCGUCAAGUUUUUCUGUGGCCAUGUGUGGGGCUUCUUUGGCUACUACUUCAGUGAUCUCAUUCAACAUGCCUACACGCAAGAAGUGCUCAAACUUGCAAGGCCUGUGGGUCCCAGCCCUGCCAAGAAGCCAAAGACUGAAGACACAAACACUGUGAUCCAAAAAGUGAUGACAUGUGUGCCACUUUCAAGAGCGCUCCAAGUCAAGGCUGGCAAAGCAAGCACUGGCUUAGACAGGAAGACGUCGCCUCUUUUCUUCCUGCUUCACGUUCUUCUGCGUUUCUACGACAAGCACCGGGUUGACCCCUGCGAGUCGGACAGAGAAGAGAUGGUGAAACUAAGGGACGAAGUGGCAGCAGACCUAGCUGUCGACAAGGAGCGCAUUCCGGAGAGACUGUUCAAUGCUAUUUCCAAGGAAAUGUGUGCCACAAGUGCUGUUGUUGGUGGCGUCUUGGCUCAGGACAUUAUCAAGGUGGCCUCGUGCAAGGAUCCACCACUGAAAAACUUUUUCCUUUUUGAUGGCAUUGAAUGCUGUGGUCUCCAGGAGAACAUUGGCCGGUGACUGGAUAUUCGGCUCAUCAGCAGUGUACCAACCAUCAUCACACAUAACAUGCCAGGCCAGUGGAAAAACGAAUAAAGAUUGCUGAAUACUAAUUUAAAGUUUA